AGCAAAUUUACUCCACAGUUUUGGUGUCAAAUAUGUUCCUUAGUAAUCAAGAUGAUUGUUGAUGGCCAACCAUUUUUUCACAAUACUAUUCUGCUGCUGGCAAGAUCUUUGAGCAAGAUCAACCCAACUCCAUUAGACAAGGUAGAGCGCAUAUUAGCACUAUGUCCUUCCGAGACUGUGGGUGUGUUCCGCAUCAACCAGCGAGGGCAAGAUGCUACCUUAUCUCUUGGUGUGUACCUGCUGGAGAGCAACCAGCAGCACAUGGACAAGCUGCUGCCAUAUUUGCUCAAGCUGCUCAAAGGUUUACCAAAAGCUGUGUGGCUUGAUGAAAAACCUCUGGUUCACACUGACCGACAUCCUGUUGCAGAACGGUUUAGCUUCUUGCUCAAUACCAUGCUGAGUGAUAUUGCUGCCAGCACCCAGGAUGUUGAGGUUCGUGAUAAGAUCCUGGCUGCUCAGGUGGAGUUGCUGGUGUUGCUGACGGCUGUGCUCACCAACGCUGCCGCCGCCGACAACCUUAUUGCAACGCAGCAAGCCAAGUUGUUGCUGUGUCGGGGUCCUGUCUCCGUGCUACUGGGUUUGUGCCGCACGUUGGGACGCUCGUGCUCGACUCAGCCCAUCCUGCUGCGCAUGUUCGAGCCACAGUCCAGCAAGGAGCUCAAUUCCCAGCCAAAAACAACCACCAAAUUCUCCAUGUCCAACUUCCACAACAUCGUGCCAGCAACUCUGCUACUCAGCCUGCCGCCAAUCCCUGACAAUGCAUAUGAACUGCCUCAGAAGAAUGUAAGCAGCCGGUCGAGCAGCGACGGGAGCAGCAGCGUGCGAAUGGACAACUCAUUACUGCAGCAGGUGCUGCUGCACAAACCUGGCAGCAGCGUCGACACCUGCGCUGGUCUGCAGCCGCCUAUGCAGUGCAACCUGAAGCUUACCCUCCAGCAUCUCCAGGCUGUGUUAGGCUGCACCAAGCGGCUCCUGAGCACCAGCGUACUGACCACCCUGGACGCCGUGUGCGCUGAGGUGUGCAAUGGCGGCAACAUGAAACUCUUCCCAUAUUCCUCCGUUAAAGAACUCCUCAACCUGGUCACUGUGGGCCUUCUGAAACAUCUCCUUCAGCCUCAUUCAGACCUGCCUGCGCCGUUCACGCGCGACGUACAAGACUUCGUGAUGUCGCUGUACUUGACGGGGCACACGGAGCUCAUGGGGGGCGAGGGCAGCAGCACCGCCCUCCGCGGCGCCCCCUUCAACGCCCACAAGCUCGUCGUGCGCGCCAACGCUGCCUGCGUCGAGCUCCUCGUCUGGGCCGUCACUGACGAAGCCGAAGCUGAGAAGCUGUGCCGUCGACUGAAGGAGAAGCUGUACUCCCCGCGUAUGCUGCUUGCACACAUGCCUCUUAUGCGCAUAUGUCUUCAGGGUCUGGGUGUGAUGGCUGAACGGUUCCCUGGGAUGAGCAACAUGAGCGUGCGUUACAUCACCGACUUUCUGGUGGACCCGUCGCCCAUCCUGCUGCGCCUGUACCGCCCCCCGUCGUCCUCUAACCCUCCUGUCACUGUGUCGAGCGGAACGUGGGGCUCAGACGGCCGUCACAACAGCAGCAGCAGCCGCGAGUUCGAGGAGCUCAGGGACUUGGCGAUCCGGCAGCUCUGCGUCGCCCUCCUCGCCGCGCGCUCCAUCGAUCCUGACGCUGCCCUCGCCUACGUCGCUCGUGUGUCUCCACACCUCCUCAACCAGGGCAACCACGCUACCCAGAAGCACAUUGAGUGGAGCGUACACAACGUGUUGGCGAACGUGUGCGCUAUGCUCGCUGGUCAGGAGGAGAUGCUGACGCUCCUCACCAACCUCCUCGAACUCUUCGUCAAAAUCGGUCUUGCCGUCAAGAGCAAUUCUGAGAAGAACUCUGCUGUGCUUAAGGCGUCGAGCAGUGCUGGCAGUCUCGGUGUGCUGGUGCCGGUGCUGGCAGUGCUGGUACGCAGACUCCAGCCCAUCAAGCAGCCCAACCCUCGACUCCUCAAACUUUUCAGGGACUUUUGGCUGCUCUGUAUCGUCAUGGGCUUUGCAUCCAGUGAAUCUGCCAUCUGGCCGGCCGAGUGGUACGGGUGUGUGGGGCACAUCGCAGAGAAGUCGCCCCUGCUGCUCUCCCGAACUCAAAACAGAUCUGAGAUGAAGGAACUCAAGUACACCUACGCCGUCCGGGACGACUCCGUCGCUCUGUCGGAGCUGCAGGAGCUUCGUCAGCAGAUCGUGACGCUGCUGGACUAUCCUGCGGACCUGACGCCCAGCGUCCUGAAGCUCUCCUUCUCGCAGUGCAUCUACCUCCUGUCGGUCUACAGGCUCGAGGCUCUGAGGAUCCGGAGCUGCGAGCAGCCCAACUUCCAGCCGCUCCUGGAGUAUCUCCUGGACCCCGCCAUUCGCUACGACAAGGACGACAUGUGGGCGCUCGUCAACAGGUUGUUGGAGAAAGUGUUCGAGUUGUUCCUGGACCGCGUGAUGGAGCAGAAGCGGGACGAAACUCGUGAAGGACUUUUGGUGCAACACGCGCAGUUUCUGCUCACGCACUUCAACCACACACUGCAGCCCAUCAGACGUACGGCAGAUAAACUUCUCUCCAAGCUCGUCGACAGAUUUCCGCUGGUGCUGUGGAACGGUCGUGUGCUGCAGACUCUGCUAGACAUCCUGCAGGUGCUGACGAGAGCUCUGCAGCUCGACCCCAACGAUGCUAACCCCACGCUGGCGAUCCCCCACACCCCCUUCAGCAUCACUCUCAUGGACACCCUCGAAGCUAGACAGCGGACAGUCGUGGACUUCCGUAACCGGUGCCAGGAGAUCCUGCAGGAGGCGAUGAAGUGGGCGCCCGAAGCGACGUGGUCGCACCUGCAGCACUACCAGGCCUCCCAUGCCGAGCUGGGGCCCAACACCGCCCUCGCCUCACUCCUGCAUACCGUCGUCAGACCACUUCAGGACUCGACUGCUGAACAAGCUGAGUCCUCGAAUUUGACUGCUUCCUUCGUACGCUCUCUGUGCCUGCGGACCAGGUAUGAAGGAGAAAUAGCGGGGCUGUUGCUAGCCGGCUCGGUGUCAGACGACAAGAAGAAAGCAGUCAUUGAUAAAUUGGCAUCGGACUUGAAAACCGCCGCGGCAGAGAACAGCCAACAGGACUUUACAGUGGCCCUCUGGCGCGCAACGAGUCUUCUGAUCGCAGUCGAAGGUUGCGAACGAGUGCUACUGCGUCUGGUCUGCUGCUCGUGUCUGCAGUUCUUUACAGAAGAAACAAUGGAGAACACAGUUGCUUGCUGGCAGUGGAUCCUCUCAGCGAGGCAGGACCUCACUCUGCCUUUCAUGCAGCAGAUGAUAGCGGCAUGGCAAGAAAGCAUUGACUUGCAACUUGGGCUUUUCUCCCCUCUUGUGGUCACGGUUGAUCCUCUAGCCGCCUAUGAAGGCUGUAAACUUGACCCUUCUUCCCCAGACGUCGUACCACAUGACAUUUGGAUCAAGUUCCUUGGUGAACGUCUUGAAGUAGCUCGCUACGACAGCGACGCCCAAGUUGCGAUGCUCGUUUCUUUAUUUCACCGAACUCUUGACGUGGUUGUAGGUUCUGCAUCGUCGAGGAUCUCCCGUCACACGGCCGCCAUAGGCACGCGAUUUCGUUUAUUGCAGUGCGCGCUGACGCUGGUGCAGAGCGAUUCUUUACCUCGCUCCAUCAGCAAGAAUGUCCUUAGGGAGCGCAUCUAUUGCUCCAGCCUCGACUACUUCUGCAGACCUCGCUCAGUGCCUCCUCAGCGCUCUGCUGCUCUCAAGAAAGACUACAACAGCUUGCUGCAUUUCUGGAACGCUCUGUAUGCUGACAAGAAGCAUCUCAAGACGAGCUCCGUGGGAGACUUCGUGCCUGCAAAGGCUGGUGGCGGCCCGAACAGCAACGACUCUGCCUCCCUCUCUCCUUCAGCUGAGGUUCGCUCAUCCACACUGGACCACGGAGGCUGGAUCAAUACCGUACCGCUGUCAUCCAACACAUCCACACUCAGCAAACGCUCGUCUCGGUCAAAGCGCCUGACUCAUCCAGAGACUUACGUCAAAGAUUAUCUCAAGAAGCGCACGCUCAUCCUAACUUUACUCGCGGUGGAGCUGCAGGCAGUGCGCGUGUUCGUGUAUCCCCCGCAACCGCAAGCCAGCAGCGGCAGUGACGUCACGUCGCCGCUCGAGGAGUCCGUCUCGCGAUGGCUCUCGGCCAACCUCAACGCCGCCAAGUCCUGGGCCUCUAACACCGCCCUUGCCUGGGAUAUCUCGCCUACUCUAGCUGUUUAUCUCCCUACUAGACUGAACAAUGUGGCGAGUAUCGAGAGCGAGCUCCGUCGGCUGGUGCGCCACAACCCGCUGCCUGUCUCUCAUUUGCCGGACGCUCUCUUCUUCCUCAGCACUUCCGAGAACAUCAUGUCUGAUCUGCAGCAGCUGAACUCGAUGUUGACGUGGGCGGCAGUGCCGCCAGUUCGGGCGCUUGCGUUCUUCUCGCGCCAGUUCCCCCCGCACCCGAUCACCGCCCAGUACGCCGUGCGCGUGCUGUCCGGUUACCCCCCCGACACCGUGCUCUUCUACAUCCCUCAACUCGUACAAGCACUGCGAUAUGACACGAUGGGUUACGUAGCGGAGUUCAUAAAGUACGCGGCGGGUCGGUCGCAGCUACUCGCCCACCAGCUCAUCUGGAACAUGCACACCAACCGAUACAGGGACGAAGAGGGGCACCAGCCAGACGCUGACCUCCACGACUUGCUGGUGAGCUUGGAAGACAACAUCAUCUCCUCAUUGUCCGGCCCUGCCAAGCAGUUUUAUCAACGCGAGUUCGACUUCUUCGGGAAAAUCACAAACAUAUCCGCGAUCAUCAAACCAUACCCUAAAGGUGAUGAACGCAAGAAGGCAUGCAUUGCUGCACUGCACGAAGUUGAGCUGCAGCCUGGGUGUUACCUCCCCAGCAACCCCGAGUCCGUCGUGAUCGACGUGGACCGCAACAGCGGCACGCCCAUGCAGAGCGCGGCCAAGGCGCCCUACCUUGCGCGCUUCAAGGUUAGUCGCUGUGGCAUCACGGAGCUCGAGAAACUUGGCAUGACAGUCAGUGCUGGACAGUCCAUCCCAACGGGUGUCGGGCCUGAGCUUUGGCAGGCUGCUAUAUUCAAGGUGGGCGAUGAUGUGCGACAGGACAUGCUAGCUUUGCAAGUCAUUACCCUCUUCAAAAAUAUCUUCCAAACAGUGGGCCUUGAUCUGUUUUUGUUCCCGUACCGCGUGGUGGCCACAUCGCCUGGCUGCGGUGUUAUAGAAUGUGUGCCCGACGCAAAAUCUCGAGACCAACUUGGCCGUGCGACGGACACUGGGCUGUACGAAUAUUUCCGGAGCGUCUACGGAGAUGAGAACAAUCCUCAGUUCCAGCUUGCUCGCAGCAACUUCGUGAAGAGCAUGGCUGCCUACAGCCUGGUGGGAUUCCUUUUGCAAAUCAAAGACAGGCACAAUGGCAACAUCAUGCUCGACAAAGAAGGGCAUAUUAUCCAUAUAGAUUUUGGGUUCAUGUUCGAGAGCUCGCCUGGUGGCAACCUUGGGUUUGAACCCGACAUAAAGCUCACUCAGGAGAUGUUCAUGGUAAUGGGUGGUCGUCAAGACGCUGCACCUUUUCGAUGGUUCGUGGAGCUUUGCAUUAAAGGCUAUCUGGCAGUUAGACCAUACAGGGAAGCCAUAGUCUCGCUGGUCUCCCUAAUGCUGGACACUGGUCUGCCUUGCUUCCGUGGCAACACCAUCAGGUUCCUUCGCCCUCGUUUCAGCCCAACAUCUACUGAGAAGGAGGCUGCAAUCUACAUGAUGAAUGUCAUACGUAACUCCUGCAAGAGUGCCCGCUCUGUUGCUUACGACUGGAUCCAGUAUUAUCAGAACCAGAUACCGUGCUAAACACUCCAAUUUAGCAUAACUGUCGACUUUCAAUGUCAAUUAUUCCGCCUAAUCCAGUAUGUACGUCUAUUAUUGAUAACGCAUCGAGAAAAGGUUCGUGAUGGCAGUAAUGAUAGUGUGUUGCUUGAAGUAUCCUUAGGAAAUUUAUCAUUCCAACUGAUGUCACUGGACAUUUUUAUGAUUGUGGUGCAUGUUUCCUUAUACGUGGGCAUUUAAAGUAGCUUGUGUAAUGUGUAUGUUCUCUGAUUGUGCUAGUUUUCUUUUCCGAGUGUAUAAAAUAUGAUUACUACUAUUCGUCUUUUUGAAACUGUCUGAGGUAUAUAAGGCAAAAUUCGUUACAUUUUCGAUGCGAAUUUACGAUUUACCUUUGUAAUUCUCUCACUUAAAACUUUAGAAUUAACAGUGACGGGUAACGCCGUCUUUCCAGCUACUGAGGAAUCAUUUCACUGUAUAAUUAUGUUCUGUAAGAAAAUAAUUUAAUCAUGUGCUGGAAACUAGUCUGAUUGGGAAUGGAAACCUGGCUAAGUCCAAAAAAAUCUUGGCUUCGUAAUCCUAUGCGCGCGUAGGCGAAGAAUUAUCAUUUCUAACAUUAUGGGAAGUUGCAAUUUUAGCGUUUCUGUCAUUUACUCUUUGUCUACGGACGCUCGAGUUACGGGCCUGUAGCCUUGACACUCUAGGUGUCCGUAAAGAAAGAGGGUUAAAUACCAUUCAAGGUUUAAUCCGCGAGGAUCUGCAUAAAAAGUUAUUGAAUCCUUUCCUAAGAGUAUGAGAGUCUUGGUUUGUAAUUUGCCCUCUAUUUUAUAUUUUAGUUUGUUUAUUCAAGAAUUUGCUUUAUAUAGAAAUAUUUAUAUUGUUGAGAAUAGAAUAAACGAGUUGAAAUUACGUGUGAUGGUUGUCAGAGUAAAUUAUUGAACGAAA